UACGAAUCUGCCAUCGCACCUUCUAGAUUUCAGACCGCCGCCGUCUCAGAGCGGUUUUCUGUUUUUUCUUGGGGCGGAAGAUAAAAUAGCUCUAAAUCUUCGCAUAUAAAAACCAUUACGAGAGAGCUCUUUUGAGACAAAACCCAGAUUUUGUUUCUCUGUUUAUCUUCUCAUCAAAGAAGAGUCGUAUUUAUUUUCAAUCUGAAAGCGUCUUUGAUCAUAUACUCGGUGUUGAUAGUUGAAGCUUUACUUUUGUGGAACGAUUGACUUGCUUUGAUGACGACCCCACUUGUAGCUGGUGUUUCAGUGGCAGCUGCUGCUUUGGGAGGCAGAUACUUGAUCCGGGCAUGGCAAGCAUUCAAAGCUCGUCCUGCUGUACCCCGAGUGAGAAGAUUCUAUGAGGGUGGAUUUGACCAGAAUAUGAAUAGACGAGAAGCUGCAUUAAUACUUGGCAUCAGAGAACAUGCUGCCAUGGAGAAGAUCAAGGAGGCUCAUAGGAGAGUGAUGAUGGCCAACCACCCUGACAGUGGGGGGAACAAGUAUCUUGCUCAAAAAAUAAACGAAGCCAAGGAUGUCAUGAUAGGGCGAACGAAGGGUAGUGGUUCUGCAUUGUAGAACAAUGUAUAAGAGGCUGAUUAUUUAAUCUGAUUUUCAUUUCCAUUAUUGCACCAAAAUUUUGUAAAAGGUGACUGCUGUAAUAAACUGUUUUUGAAGGAGUGUCAUUCAUCUCAAAGAGGGGAGGAAAAGAAUUGUUUCCAAAACUGUGUUUCUUUAUAAUUUUUAGUAUUCUUGUAGCUUGGUUUACAGGAAAGCUGGACUUGGAAACAGAAUCCCUUCAUUCUAAGCUAUUAGGUUUGCCUUUGUAGCUUAUGUAAUCUUUAGAAAAAUUAAUGAGAAUGUGGACCAGGGUUUGCAAA